AUAAAAGCAAUGAUCCGCUCUGGUUGUGGCAUCAGUUCACCGCCUUGGCUCAUCUCCAACAGGUCAACAUCAUCGUCAUGAAAAUCUUUGUCUGCUUACUGGCCCUUGGCGCCGUUGCCCAUGCCGGCUUCAUUGGUGGCUCAGGAGGCGGCGGAGGCGACUCCCAUGGAUCCCAUGGAGGCGGCGGCGGCGGUGGCUACAGCUAUGGCGGCGGCGGCGGCGGUGGCGGACAUGAUCAUGGUGCUGCUGCUCCUGUGAAGGUCAUCAAAGUGAUCCACGAGAGUGCUCCCUCAGGAGGCGGAGGAGGCGGCUGGCAGUCAGGAGGAGGAGGUGGAGGCGGCGGCUGGCAGUUGGGAGGAGGCGGCGGCGGCGGUGGCUGGCAGUCGGGCGGCGGUGGCUAUGGAGGCGGCGGUGGCUAUGGAGGCGGCGGCGGCCAGGAGAUCAAAAUCAUCAAAAUCAUCUCCCAGCAGGCGCCUUCCGGAGGACAUGGCGGUGGUGGCUGGUCCUCGGGUGGUGCCUCCAGUGGUGGCUGGUCCUCCGGCGGUGCUGGCGGCGGCGGCUGGGCCUCCGGUGGCGGCGGCGGCGGCGGUGAUGCCUCCUCGGCUGUCAAGAUCAUCAAAAUCAUCUCCGAAUCGGAUUCUGGAGCUGGCGGCGGCGGCGGAUGGGCGCAGGGCGGUGGUCAGGCCGCCGGAUGGGCUCCAGCUGGUGGCUGGGCGCAGGGCGGCGGCGGUGGCGGCAGCUGGUAAUU